UCUAGGUGAAUUAAUUUGGCGUCAACAAUGUGCGAAAUUUAAUACCAAAUGGACGUAAUACAGUUAUUGUUAUGGAAAAGACCAAACUUGAAUAUAUUAGGCUCAUGUGUCAAAUGAAAAUGACUGGAGCAAUUUGUAAGCAAUUCAAUGGUUCUGGUGUGUAGAUUCAAUGGUUCUGGUGCAUUGCGAGGUUUUAAUCAAGCGGAUUGUUCGAAGUUCUUACAAUUUAUCACUGGUACAUCUAAAGUGUCGUUACAAAGUUUUGCUACGUUAGAAGGCAUGAACGGCAUACAAAAGUUCCAAAUUCACAGAGAAGACAAGUUGACAGACAGGCUUUCAUUUGCACAUAUUUGGUUAAUAUAUGAAAAAAGAAAUUGUUUUAAUACCUUGUCAUAUUUUCAAUCAACUAGAUUUGCCAGUGUACGAGACGUAUGAUAAACUCUAAACAAAUCUACUCAAGGCGACUUACGAAUGCACCAAAGAAUUUGGAUUUGCAUAAGCUUACCAGAAUUUGCUCCAGUACAAUUUCAAUUUCAAUCGAUACAAUUUCGCGUUCAAUCGAUGAUAUUCUAGAGACCAAACUUAUGGUUGGAUCUUUACAGCCAGUGAUAACAUUCCGGACGUGCAAUAGCCUAUUGCUUGCAAAAUUUUUAACGUACUUACAAAAAUUGUUAUACGCAAUGUUAUAUAUAAAACUAUCUUGUGAACGUAGCGAAUCACAGUGCUCUAAUUACUAUAAUAUGUAUUAUUACACUUAUACGACUUUAUAAAAUGAAAUAUAUAUUUUCAUUUUAUUAUACACAUUAAUUCUCAUGUAAUUAAUGGACAAUAAUUUAUUCGUUAAUAUAUACGCUAAUAAAUACGCUGAUUUUAAAA